GCAGUUUUUACUUCUCUAUUUGGCCGCUCCACUAGUUAGACCAACACCGAACUAAGGUUAACUGAAAUCUGCUGGAGAGAUGAGUUCUUUCAGUGAUGCAUCUUUCGAGGACUUGAGUGACGAGUUAGCGAGUCUUGGGUGGUACCACUAUGACCUGUCUCGCCAUGCUGCAGAGGCCCUUCUCUUGUCCAAUGGGACGGAUGGAAGUUACCUCCUGAGAAACAGUAAUGAGGGAUCAGACUGCUUCGCCCUGUCCGUUAGGGCAAAGGAUUCAGUGAAGCAUUUUCAGGUGACACGAAAUAGCAAUGGCUAUGUGUUUGGUUUUAAUGAGUUUCCAACCCUUCAAGACUUUGUCAACCACUUUGCUAACCAACCUCUGCUGGGCAGCGACACAGGAACCCUCAUUGUUUUGAAGAGUCCGUAUCCAUGGCGUGUGGAGGAGCCAUCUAUUUAUGAAUCUGUGCGAGUUCACACUGCCAUACAGACAGGACGCACAGAAAAUGAUCUGGUAGCAAAUGCACCUUCGCUGGGGACAAAGGAAGGCUUCCUGGUGAAGCAAGGGGCAAUUGUGAAGAACUGGAAGCAAAGGUGGUUCACGCUCAACAGAUAUGAACUUAAAUACUUCAAAGACAAAAUGUCUCGUGUUUCCAGAUCGAACAUUUUACCUUUGUGCUAAGACGGGUGUGGAGGCAGAUGAGUGGAUCAAGAUGUUGAGGUGGAAACUG